AUGGGAAAAGAGAAUAAAUUUGAGGGGUUCACUCUCAGAAAUACUGCCACUCUCUCACUGAAUGGGAGCAACCAAGAAGUGCAGCAGAAUCACCUCAACUUCACUGGAUACCUGCGUGCAUGGUGUUAUGGACAAGGUCAUCAUGCUGAUGUGUCUCGCUUAUUUGAUAGAGAAUGUGUCAUGUACACAACACCGGAAAGAGGAAGCUUCUAUCUAGUAAUUACAUAUGAGGGGAGAUCACUGGUUUUCGUAAUUGAUGGCAGAAACCUGUAUAUCAAAGGUUUUACUGGACCAAACGGAAGCUAUCAGUUGAGCCUAGAUGAGCAAGAAGAAAAUUAUAUGCUUCAAGAGGAUUUGGAAAUUUUGGACUUUCGUGCAAACUAUCAUGCCAUAGCCCCUGGACAUAAUGUAGGAAACACAUUACUUGGGCUUCACCCUCUCAGGAAGGCGUUUGAUUGCUUAUGGGCACACAAAGGUGGGAAACCUCAUCCAAUGUUAAGGCAAUCAGUUGCUAUGAUAUCUGUUUACAUUUGUGAAGCUGCACGGUUCCAGCCUGUUCUUGAUUGUGCUAGCACAUCUUUGGUGGAUGACAACAUGAGUAGGCUCAACAAGAUAUCUCAGCUCUCUAAGUGUGUCACCAGUUGGAAAUUUUUGUCAUGUGAGAUCAUGACUCACAUAAAUUACUUGAUGGCUGGACAGACACCUCGUGAGUUCAAUAACCGUGGAAUCAGCAGAUAUUCCUGCAUUCAAGAUUUGUUUCCAGAAGUCCGCAUCCUAUUCAGAGAUGCCGAUUGUACAGUUCCACCUCUGAAUGGAGAUCAAUGUCCAUUUAAGGAUGAAGACUGUCCACAGUACCCUGUAUUCGCUUCUCCUGUCGACCCAGGGCUAGGUGAUCCAAAGAUUGAUGUUUCCUUUAUUAAGCCUGGGGUGCAAAGUCUCUAUUCUCAUAACCCUCAGAGUGGUAGGAAGCGCCUGAAUGAACAUCAGUACCAGAAAAGUAGUAAAAGGAAAAAACCUACACUGGAACUUGAAGAAACUAUUCAAGCAGCUAGAAGGAAAUUUUACAUGGGUGGGGGUGUUGGAGGCCCUGUUGCCAAUGUUCCACCAUUCUUUAUUGAGCCCUGGGCGCCAAAGCUGACUGUCAGUAAACCCUCAUCCUCAAUUGAUGGAACUGUAACCAGCCCAAAAUCUGCAAAGAGGCCAAUUGCUUCUGUUAAGACAUCGCCAUUUAGCAGCGGGCAGAAGAGGAACUUGAGCUAUUCAUCGAGUCCUGUUUGUAUGAAUGGUGCUAAGGCAUGCGAGUUUCGAUCAGCGAUGAGUGCAAUUGAUGAUUUAGUGAAGAAGUACUCUGAAAUCAUCAACUCAACCAAGGAGGUUGAUGUUGACAACCCCAGAAACUACAAAGGAGGAAGACAAAGAAGAAGGUGA